UCCUAAAAUGCCCCUCCGCCUUCCUAUAAAAUGCCAUCAACGCCACUUGUUCCAGCCUUCCCCGCUCCGACCAAACUGCUCUCUUUCCAGCUGUUUAUUUUAUAUUCUUCGUUUUUAUAUAAAAUUUAGGGUCUCUGAUUUCGUUUUUGGUUCUCCUGCUUGAAUCACGUCCUUUGGUUUCUGAUAUUCGUGAAAGGUGGUUGCUUUUGUCCUUUCGAUGCUCUUCCGGGGGAACACCCAUCUCCGGAAUUCCAAUAUUUUCAUCAAAAUCUCGUCUUUUUAAUCUUACAAAUCUCUGUUCUGUCUGAGAUUUGAGAGAUCUAUGUUCUUGUGCGAAGACUUUCUCUAGAUUUGAUGAAUUUUUCAAGCCCCAUGAUCUGUUUCCUCCAGUCCUUCUCGGUUGUAUUUCUCUACUGGUUCUACGUCUUCUCAUGAAUUAUGCCUUUUGUUCAUUGAUUGAUUGCUUCAUUUAAAUUUUAAAAAAAAAAAAUCUUGUUUUUCCCAAUCCCAAGCCGAGAAAUUUUAUAAUAAAAAAAGGCUUUUUUGAGUGAGGGACGACUGCAAAGCUGGCUCGCCUAUCAUCUAGUUGUGAGGAAGGCUCACAAGCUGUGAUAUUUGAUGAGAGAAAGAGAAAGAGAAUGGAGUCCAACAGGGAUUCUGCUCGAAGAUCACGAAUGAGAAAACGACAACAUCUUGAUGACCUGCUGAAUGAUGUUACUCUUCUAAAGAAUGAGAAUAGCCGGAUUGAGAUGCAGAUGAACAUGUACACCCAGGAUUAUGUGGCAAUGAACUCUAAGAACACAAUCAUGAGGUCCGAGGUUAUGGAAUUGAUUGAUAGACUCAAAUAUCUUAAUUCUGUUCUUCAUUUUGUGGAAGAGUUCAGUGGGAUGGCCAUGGAUAUUCCUGAGAUUCCUGAUCCCUUGCUGAAACCAUGGCAACAUUUUUGUCUUUCACAUCCCAUAAUUGCAGAUGCCAACAUGUUGCAGUGAUGUCUUGCUUAGUUUGUCUGAUGUGUGUGCUUUGCUUUCAGCUUGCAGGAUCAUGUCUUGGGUUUCGUUUUUUAAUAUUAAUUUAUUUCUGAAGCUUUAUGCAUUCUGUCUGCUUCCUGUGUGGGUUGUGACUUUGUUCAAUGUAUGUGUCAUUUGUAGUCAAUAUAAAUUAAUCCUUUUGGAUGUUGAA